UCUCUCCCCACCAUGGAAUUCAUUCAGAUCGUCCAGCGGCCGGCAUACUCCCAAAGGCCCUACGGCGUGCUCAGAUCCCCCUACAUUGAGCACCCUGGCUGUUCCGUGCUGUGCAACCACCCAACAGCGCCGCAUAGUCACAGGGCGCUGCUCAACGUCACGCGGGCGUCAUGGCUUCAGGAGGUCCGCGCCCACAUGGCGAGGGCGGGCACGACACAGGUGGAGGGAGACGGGGACACGGGGGACAGAAGGACCCCCUCCAGCAUGCCCUUUACCCCCCUGGGCACGGAGGGGCUUCAGGUGAACAUCCCGGAGGAGUUCCUGGCUCGCUUCGCCCGCUCCGACUCCCGUCCCGACUCACCCGCACCGACUCUCCUCGUCCACACCUCUCGACUCGCGCCUUUCAGGAGAUGUGUGACCCCUGACACCCUCGAGCCUGUGAGACGACCUCGACGACCUGUCCUCCGCCGCGCCACCAGCCUGCCCGCCUGCCUGCACGACCUGACCACCACACGACCCCAGACCUUCCCCAGUGCACCAGCGGGUCGAGGUGGAGGGCGACGUAAGCAGGGAAGAUUCGAGGCCGACUUCACCACCAAACUCUCGAAGCAGCUGGACCUCGUGGCCAAGGGGAGCAGCAGCAGCAAACAGCAGACUCAGAGAGACCAACAGAGCAACAGGAAAGGAAGGGGGGAGAGGACAGAGGAACCAGCUCAAAGGACAGGACAGCGAAGAUUCGGGUCUUGGGGGCGAGAAGAAGCCGGCGAAGCGACGCCCACGACGAGGGGGCAAGAAGAAGGGCGAGGAGGGCGGGCUGGACGAUCCCGGCCAGACUGGGGUCUCGACGGUGAACGACAGCCGGGCCGGGUCUGGGCGUCGGUCCGGCAGCGCCCACUCCUCGAAGCCGACGUCCGCCCGCUCGUCCAAGUCGUCCUCGGCCCAUCGGAGGCUCCACGACCCUCUCUCGUACGACCCGAAGCAAUUCCUCGGAAGACAGCCACCCUCCUGAAGACGGCUCCGAACUGGCCAAGCUGCAGGAGGCGCUCGGGGGAGGUCCUGCCACCAACCUGACGGAGGCGGAGGUCUUCUGGCUGAGUCUGCCCCGGAGCCCUUCCCACAGGGCGGCCGUGUUCACACCCCGUGCAGAUGAACUC